GGCGGCUUCCCUGCGCGAGUGUGGAACGCCGAAGUUGAGCCUGCGGGGCAGCGGGCAGUGGCAGUCAGGCCUCCCCACGCGGUGCCACCUGCGGCCCGGCUCUCCUCUGCGCCCCUACUCUCGCCGCGAUGACGCGCUCGCUGUUCAAGGGAAACUUUUGGAGUGCAGACAUCCUCAGCACCGUCGGCUACGACAGCAUUAUCCAGCAUCUGAACAACGGCCGCAAGAACUGCAAAGAGUUUGAAGAGUUUCUAAAAGAAAGGGCAGCAGUUGAAGAGAGAUAUGGCAAAGAUCUGCUCAGCCUCUCUAGGAAGAAGCCGUGUGGACAGUCUGAAACCAACACCCUGAAGCGGGCCCUUGAAGUCUUCAAACAGCAAGUAGACAGUGUGGCACAAUGUCACAUUCAGCUUGCACAGAGUUUAAGAGAAGAGGCCAGGAAGAUGGAAGAAUUCAGGGAAAAGCAAAAACUACAACGGAAAAAGACAGAGCUUGUAAUGGAUGCCGUCCAUAAACAAAAGAGCUUACAAUUCAAGAAAACCAUGGAUGCAAAGAAGAACUAUGAGCAGAAAUGCCGGGACAAAGAUGAGGCAGAACAGGCUGUCAGCCGGAGUGCCAACCUGGUGAACCCGAAGCAACAAGAAAAGCUUUUUGUGAAACUGGCAACUUCAAAGACUGCAGUAGAGGACUCCGACAAAGCAUACAUGCUGCACAUCAGCACCCUGGAUAAGGUCCGAGAAGAGUGGCAGAGUGAGCACAUCAAGGCCUGUGAGGCAUUUGAGGCUCAAGAAUGUGAACGAAUAAACUUCUUCCGGAAUGCAUUGUGGUUACAUGUGAAUCAGCUGUCACAACAAUGUGUCACCAGUGAUGAAAUGUACGAACAAGUCCGAAAGAGUUUAGAAAUGUGCAGCAUUCAGAAGGACAUUGAAUACUUUGUGAAUCAACGCAAAACUGGACAGAUUCCACCAGCACCCAUCAUGUAUGAGAAUUUCUACUCCCCCCAGAAGAAUGCAGUCCCACCAGGAAAGACUACAGGGCCUAAUUUGGCAAGGAGAGGACCCCUCCCAAUUCCUAAAACCUCACCAGAUGAUCCUGAUUACUCUUUGGUUGAUGACUACAGUUUGCUCUAUCAGUAACAUCAAUGAAACCAGAGCUUUUUCCGGCAAGUGCUUCUAUGACAUGGAAAGGGCACUCAGAGCAGCAGGACCUAUAGCCACGUUAUGUCAGUCAUGAAGACUUUGAAGUGAACCCUUGCUAUAAUUUUUUAGAGAUUUAAAAUUUAUGGUAGACAUUUAGGACAACAUAAGCAAGUAGAGUUCUGCAGUUUUUUGAAGUUUACAUAUUGCCCCAUUCUGAAGAAUUAUUCUUUCCCAGUUACUCAGGUUGUGAAUGAAUUAGGUUUUCAACAUGGGAAGCAUGAAAUCCACUUCUGGAUUUAGAGUGUCCACUUGAGGAGCAGAGGUGGCAGCAGAGGAUUCCGAGCCACCAGCUGCAGUAGUAGCUCCUUUGGCUUUGGGCAGCCUGGCUGUGGAGUUUCCACGGCGACACACAGCCUCAGUGGUGCAAGGUUUAAAAUUACCUUCCUUUUUGGCUAGAAGACUUAGAAGUCACCUGAUCACACUUUCUCAUUUUACAGAUGAGGAAACAAAGCCUACAAGUGUGAAAUUAAUUUCCUUACAGUUUUCCUAGCUGAUUAGGGACAGAACCAGAACUAGAGCCCAAGUCCAACCCACAUCACUAUUCCUCUAACCCUUCCUGAAGUUGUGAUGCUUAUGCUGAAAUUUAAGAUGCCAAAUAUUUUUGCCAGCACUUUUUCAGUUGGGAAAAUCACCAGGGUUUAAAUGUCAGAUUUAUUUUUAUGUGGAUCACUGUGUGUACUGAACUACACAGCAUGAUAUUUAAUCUAAUCUAAGGAGCCACUGAUUGUAAAACAUGCCAUUAUUUUAUGUUGCACUAAGAAGGUGGGGUCGAGGAGUUGCCAAUAAACUUGUGACAGAC